UGAAUUGAUAAACAAUUCAAGAUGGCACCGUGUAUAGUGUUGGCUGGCCUUCACUUGGUGUUGUCUAUUUUACAGUUCCUGCUAAUAUUUGUAUGUUUUAUCAACCCAAAGUGCUCUCUUUGGAUUUACGACUGCAAAACUUUGAUUCAAAUUCGUGCACUGAUGGCAGAUGUCACUCGGAGCAAAAAAAGGACUUUGUCCUCGCAGCAGCCUGGGACUGAUCGUCGGCGAAAGCGUGGCAGCAAAGGAGGGAAGUAUAUUAAAGCGAAAGCGGCGGAGGUGCUCGAGAGGAACCAGGCGGCUCGACGAAACAGGCCUCCGAGAGGAAUACAUCUCACCAAUCUGAGUUAUAUCGAAUCGGAUGUGUUCUCGAAUGGGACUCCAUCGCUCCCAUUGGAGUCUGAUAAUGAGGUCGCUGAUGUUCCUGUGCCGAUGCUCCCGCCGCCGUCCACGCCGUCUGUGGAGGAGCUGAUCCAGCAGAGCCAGUGUAACCUGCAGCAGCAGGAGCAACACCUGCUCAGCCUCGGACAGGAGCAAGUGACGGCAGCCAUCUCUUUGGCGAUGGAGCAGCAGAUGCAGAAGCUGCAGGUGGAGACACAGCUGGACAUGAACGAGUUUGAUAACCUGCUGCAGCCCAUCAUAGACACCUGCACCAAAGAAGUCAUAGCGACUGGAAAGGACUGGAUGCUCAGUAAUGCUAAAACCCCGCCGCACUGCGAGCUGAUGGCGUCGCAUCUCAGAGACCGCAUCAUUGCAGACGGGGCUCAAUUCGAGCUCCGCCUACAUCUCAUCUAUCUGACCAAUUGCGUCCUGCAUCACUGUCAGAGGAAUAAUCAGAAGGAUCUGUUGGCGGCUCUUCAGAAGGUUGUGGUUCCCAUUUACUGCACCAGCUUCCUGGAAGUAGAGGAAGAAAAGCGGCAGAAUAUCACCCGCCUGCUGGUGCUCUGGGAGAAGAACGGUUACUUUGACAACAUCACGAUUCAGCAGCUUCAGAGUCCAGACCUGGGUCUGAGACAAUAUCAGGCGUCGCUCAUCACGGAGUACGCUCCGGUGGUGCAGCCCAUCCAGAUGGCCUUCCAGCAGCAGAUCCAGGCUCUGAAGACACAGCACGAGGAGUUUGUGAACAACCUGAAGCAGCAGCAGACAGCAGCGGUGACCUCUCAGCUUGGAGAUCCAAAUCCUCCAUUGCCCGUUUGGUUCAAUCCGCUGCACAACAUGCUGACGUGGAACCCGCAACAACCUCCGCCUUUCGACCCAUAUCAAGCCCCGCCCCCCUGGCCCCCCUGGAACAGCCAUGGGGGCAUGUGGAACUGGAGCAGCCCUUGGGACGGGGGCUCCGCAGGCCCCUGGAGCGGUCAGUUCAACCAGCCACCUUGGAGUAGCCAGCCGGAUCAAGCAUUACCAUGGGGCCACGGGCCCUUCCCUCCUCCUCAGCAGCCACUACCACCACACAACUUCGGACACUUCAUGCAGGACGAGUUUCCUCCGCGGCAUCCCUUCGAACAGUCGUCGUAUCAGCCGCAUCGAUUCGACUACCUACAGGAAGACUUCCCUGGAGAGAUCAGUUCGCCACCUCAUCACCACUCAAACCAGAGGACUCCUUCUCCUGGGAUAUCUGAUUCUCCUCUGUAUGGUGGACAUCAGCAUCCUGAUUCCAGGUCGCCUCCUCAUGGCUAUAAUGGUCAAGCGUCACGCAAGCGGUCACACGAGCGGUCACACGAGCGGUCACACGAGCGGUCACACGAGCGGUCACACGAGCGGUCACACGAGCGGUCACACAAACAUCGUCAGAGCCCUUCUCACGCAAAUCAGGACGACCCCAGCCUGGUGCCCGAUGAGCCCUACUACGACCUUCCUGCAGGACUUAUGGUGCCACUUGUGAAGCUUGAAGAUUAUGAUUUUAAGCCUCUGGACCCCAAAGACCUCCGUCUGCUGCCCGUAAAGCCUCCCAGUGACCGUGUGCUGGCUGCGGUGGAGGCGUUUUACAUCCCACCGUCUCACGACAGACCAAGAAACAGUGAGGGUUGGGAACAGAAUGGUCUGUAUGAAUUCUUCCGGGCCAAAAUGCGAGCGAGGCGGAAAAAGGAACGGGACAAACGCAACAGCACACGGAGUCCUUCGGGCAGCCGGUCAUGCAGCCGAGGGCGAUCUAUCUCAAGUUCUAGCUCCAGAUCUUCCAAAUACUCUCGGUCCAGAUCCCGAUCCAGAUCCCGCUCUCGCUCCUACUCCAGAUCUCACUCUCGUUCUCGCUCCUACUCCAGAUCUCGCUCUAACCAUCCCAAAAAUAUAUCUGCUUUGACAUUGUUGUUGAACACAUUUUUGACUUUAUCCCGGAGGAGCAGGAGUCGCUCCAGAUCCGGGUCCCGAAGUCGAUCCCGCUCCAGACAUCGCGCCAGAUCACGAUCACCAGAUAAGCGUCGCCACUCUGCAAAAUCUCGCAGUCCAGCGCCACCCAGGAGUCACUCCAGAUCCGGGUCCCGAGGUCGCUCCCGCUACAGACAUCGUGCCAGAUCACGAUCUCCAGACAAGCAUCUUGACGUUGCAAAACCACGCAGUCCAGCACCACCCAGGAGUCACUCUCGAUCCAGAUCCCGAAGUCGCUCCAGAUCACAAUCUCCAGACAAGCAUCUUGACGUUGGAAAAUCACGCAGUCCAGCGCCACCCAGGAGUCACUCCAGAUCCGGGUCCCGAAGUCGCUCCCGUUACAGACAUCGCGCCAGAUCACGAUCUCCAGACAAGGAUCUUGACGUUGUAAAAUCUAGCAGUCCAGUGCCACCAAGCAGGAGUCACUCUCGAUCCAGAUCCCGAAGUCGCUCCAGAUCACAAUCUCCAGACAAGCAUCUUGACGUUGGAAAAUCACGCAGUCCAGCGCCACCCAGGAGUCACUCCAGAUCCGGGUCCCGAAGUCGCUCCCGUUACAGACAUCGUGCCAGAUCACGAUCUCCAGACAAGGAUCUUGAAGUUGUAAAAUCUAGCAGUCCAGUGCCACCCAGGAGUCACUCCAGAUCCGGGUCACGAAAUCGCUCCCACUCCAGAUCUCGUUCAGAGUCACAAUCUCCAAACAAGCAUCUUGAAGCUGCAAAAUCACGCAGUCCAACACCACCAAACAGGAGUGACUCCAGAUCCGGGUCCCGAAGUCGCUCCUGCUCCAGAUCACAAUCUCCAGACAAGCGUCUUGACACUGCAAAAUCUUGCAGUCCAACACCACUAAGUAGGAGUCAUUCCAGAUCUGGGUCCCAAAGUCGCUCCAGAUCUGGCUCCAAGUCACAAUCUCCAGACAAGCAUCUUGACACUGCAAAAUCUUGCAGUCCAACGCCACUAAGCAGGAGUCACUCCAGAUCCAGGACCCGUAGUCGCUCCAGAUCACGAUCUCCAGACAAGCAUCUUGACGUUGCAAAAUCAUGCAGUCCAGCGCCACCAAGCAGGAGUCAGUCCAGAUCCGGGUCCCAAAGUCGCACCAGAUCUCGCUCUAAGUCACGAUCUCCAGAAAAGCAUGUUCACACUGUAAAAUCACGCAGUCCAACACCACCCUCCACAUCUGGUUUGGGUUCAGGCCCUGCUACGUUACCAGCCGACCUCAGGUUGGGCGAAGAAAACAAGGGCUAUCAGAUGCUCAUGAAGAUGGGCUGGAGCGGAUCAGGAGGUCUUGGUGCUAAAGAACAGGGCAUUCAAGACCCCAUCAAAGGAGGUGAAGUCCGGGAUAAGUGGGACCAGUAUAAAGGAGUGGGAGUCUCAUUGGAUGACCCAUACAUGAACUUCAGGAAAAACAAAAGCAACGAUUUUGCCACAAAGAUGAAAGCACGAGAAAAAGUAAGCAGAGACCCACAGGAUCCCUCCAGCACAGAGUGAUCACCCAUCACACGUGAACUUCCUCUAUAGCGUGGGUCUUGGGUCGCCUGUGAGCACUAAUAAACUAGAAGGAAAAAAAAGUCCUGCUUGUAAACACUAAAGAUAUUGAAGAAAUCUAAUAACAUUUUGAUAUAUAAACAACAAUCAUUGAACGUCUAACCCUCACAGCCUCAUUUUCGUUCCCUGUCGAAUUCUUAUCUCUUUAGUAUCCUCUAGUGUGGUGUAUUUAUAAUCAGCGUGUCCUAGUGACUCAAUCACUGACGUGUAAUGACGUGUGGUGGAGUCAAUUAAUGCUCUAGUGAGAUCUAACUGCUGCUGCGACAUGUUGUUGAGUGCAGAAAUGGUAGGGCUAUGCCAUCAUAACAUGUUAACAUGGAAGAAAUAUUAAUGUGUUCAGGGUUAUUCAGACGUAAAGCGUGUAGUUCAUAUUGUGUACUCACUCUUGAUGGUUGUGUGACUUGCUUUUGGGGUGGGGUCCAUGUACGUCAUGCCCAGUGAUGGACCAACGGCAGCCAUGCCUGAAUCAAUUGACAGCUUAAAUCGGUGUAUCUCACAAAAAUGUGUCCAGGUCUUCCCAGGUUUUUUGCAUUACGAUAAUGGGAGUUUGUAGCAAAAUGUGCUUAAAUGUCAUGAAAAUAUUUAAAAAAAUAAAAAACUAAUAACAUUUCGAUUUUAAUAUGAUGUAUGACUUGGAUUUGUUCUCGUCCCAAAUAAAUUUUUCGCAAAACAAGAACGAAAGUGGUCCUAAACUAUAACCCUGAGGUACACCCCAAAGAAAUCGAGUUAGGUUUUGUGAGGUUCACCCAAAUACAUUUCUCUCAGAACAAGAACAAAGUGGUCCUAAACUAUAACCCUGAGGUACACCCCACACAAAAUAGUCUGGCUGGCCUGAAAUAUCAGAUUAUGUAAACCUACUAGAAGACUAUGUGUAAAUUAAUCCAUCUGCCUGAGUCGGUAUUGCAACCUCCUUCAAGUGCCAGUCAGAACUGGGUCCUUGUGUUGCCGUUGCAUUGGAUGAGCUAGAGCUUAAGGAAGACUCUGAGUGACAACUGGAAAAUGUUGUUUGUGAUUAAAUACGGUCAUUGUCUCCAUUUUGGGAUUUUUUUUUCACCCCCGGCUCUUAAUUCAUGUUUUUUUUUUCUUCUGGAGCAUCAAUGAGCAUUUGAACCUUCUGUAAUAGUUUCAUGUGGGUCCCUUCGUUGUCCUCAGUGUUAAAAGAUAGAUCUCAAAAUCAUACAGUUACUACUGGAAAGGGUUAAAAUACACAAAAAUGCUGGAAAAACUAAUAAUGUGUGGGACCUGAGGGAUUUUUCUGAAGAACAGCAGACAGUUUUAACUGUUCAGAACAAACAAGGGACUCAUGAUAAACCAUCACUACACAAAAAAAAAAAAAAAAACAUCUGUUGAUCAUUCAGGUAAAAACACAUUACGAGUGAAGUGUAUGUAAACUUUUGAACAAGGUCAUUUUAUAAAUUCAACUAUUUUCUCUUCUGGACUAUAUUUUACAAUAAAAAAUACAAUAUUUUAAGUUGGGAAAUUUGUAAAAUAUAUACAUAUCUUAUGUAUGAAAUCACACAUGGACUGGCUCCUCCUGUAUUGAACCAGUUUGUAAACCUAUCACCGUCUGGUUACAGAUUAACAAGAACUGUAAAAAGAGGUGAUGGCAUAGUCCCUUUUAGAAAAAGUGCAUUUAGUCAAAAAGUGUUUUCAGUUAGGGCUGCACGAGAGUGGAACUCCAUCCCAACUUACAUUACAAAUUUCAAUGCGUAUGUUUCCUUUAAGUUUUACUUAAAGAAGUGGUUAACUGAGAGUCAGCAUUGUCAACAUUAGUUUUAUGAAUUAAACUCUGCUGCUGUCUUGUCAUUUCUGCUCUGCUGGUAUGAGAUUUUAUGUUAUGUAUAUGAGGUUGUAUGGUUUCGGUCUGACUAAAUGAUUAGGGCUACUUGUCUGUAUGCUUACAUUAUCUUUGUUUGUAUUAUGAUAUUACUGAUUCAUUGUUUGUCAUUUUGUUUGACAGUUGGAUUGUAUGAGUGAGCUGAUAUUGAUUUGUUGGUUCUGUAUAACUUUUAAGCAGAUGGUUUUUUUUUAGGUAUCGUGUGAAUGGUAUAUGUAUUUUAGAGUAUGUAAAUAAAAUGUAUUGAUUAAUUCUUUA